AUGGACGCAUCUAUCUUCAUCGAGGAAGGUCCUGCAAUACAAAUUGCGACUCGUCGCUGCGCCGAUCAACUCCGCGACAUGAUACGAACUACCCACCGAGGUAAAACCGCUUUGAGAGAGCUUCAACAAAGGUUUCAGGCCUGGGAAAACAAUGCGGGAGUCUUCGCGGAGCCGCAACUCUGCCUCGAUGCUCGAUUGAGCGAUCACAAGCCGCCGCAAUUGAUCAUUCUGAACAUGCUCAGGCUCAUACAGCGCAAUCUCGAAACCGGCAUGGUCACCGGCAAGUUCCCGGACAUUCCUGACUUGUUGAAGACACAGCUUAUAAGAUCCAUGAUCUAUCGAAGACAACGACUCAACUAUGAGUGUGACAGACGCGAAAGGCAAUAUAAUACACAUGCUGGAGAAGAUCAUACAAGCGCCUGGCAUGAUGAUGAGAAGGCAUCGACAUAUCAUCAGUCGAUCUUCAAUGAGGGCUAUGAGGCAAUGCAAUCUGAGCGGGCCAGCUCAAUCAGCACGGCGGCAACAGCAACAGAAACAGAGAUCCAGUAUCCUCGGCAACCAAAGGCUGAAACCUCUGAAGAUAUCACAAGGAAAUCCCAGUCACAACAUAACAUGGAAGCACUCAGAGUUGGAGUUGAUGACGAAGACGCAGAAGAUGAGGCUGUCAUUGAAGGAAGUGUCUCCAGAGAAGAAAAGGAUGGCGCGUCAUCCGAUGACGCCAGCAACGACGUCGGAAUGCCAGUCGCGGACCCAGAGAAGACGUUUAGCAAGGACCUUCAUCCAAAGCGAGAUAUCCAACUGGGAGCGAACGAAGUCGCCAUACAGGAAAACUCACUUUCCACACGAAGCAGGACCGAAACCAAAGAUUUCUGGCCCACAGACGUGAUUACGCAUCGAUAUGGAAUGCGUUGGCAGGCUACGAAAAAAAAUGGAAUUGAAAUGCAGCUUCCCCGGCGGCUGCUUGAGUCUGAAAUUGAAGAUAUAUUGACCGCAUUUGAAGAAGCUGAGACAGCCCUGGUUAUCUCAGAUUAG